CACGGUCCGUGCGUCAAGGCAAGGGAAAGGACCGGCUGCUCUUUUCUUGUCUUAAAUUGGAGAGCACUGAGAUCAGUCAGCUGAGGCAUGCACGCUUUUAGGGCAUUCUCUAAACUGAGCGGCUCCGGAGAGCUGGUGAAGUGGAUGCAGACACGGUCGACGGUUCCGGCGAGUAGUGUAUCUAGUUCGCUCCAGGCCUGUGCCACGAGUGUUAUCUGAUCGACGGUGGCGGCCCAGGGAAUCCCAAGUCGGAUGCAGGAUAGAAUGGGUGAUGCGCGAAGGAUUACUCGGACGUCAGACAGCACGAGAGCCAUCUCCUGCGCACUGAGGUUCCCGAAAUCAAGGUUCAGCGUGUGUAGCUCGGUGCAGCAGUCAUUGGCCAGGUUUAGAGGGACGGCGACGCCGUGGCGGCGGUGGAAGCGAAAGAGCGACAGCUCGUAGAGCUUAGAGGAGAGGACGCGGAGAAGGGGUGUGUAGCAGGACUGGUCGUAGAUAACCAAUGCCAGCUUAUCGACACGGAGGUUUGGAGAGGCCAACGCCGCGAUAACCGGCUCCUU